AUGUAUGCAGUUGAAACAGCACUAACAGUACCUAUUUUAACUUCAUUACGAGUACCUGAAUCAUUUUAUUCAAUGGCUUGGUUAAUAAGUCCAAUUCUUGGAUUUUUUCUUCAACCAAUUAUUGGUAUGUGGAGUGAUACAUGUAAAUGUAAAUGGGGAAGACGAAGGCCAUUCAUUUUAGCUUUUGCUAUUGGUGCUUUUCUCGGUGUUACAUUAUUACUUAAUAGUUCAGAUUUAGGUGUACUUCUUGGUGAUUCAACUGAAAAGGGAACGAUUCCAUACAAAGCUGUCAUAUUAACAGCCGUGGGUGUAACUUUUCUUGAUUUUUGUGCGGAUAGUGCUGAUGCACCCAUACGUGCUUAUUUGAUUGAUACAACAAAUCCAGCAGAUCAAGAACGAGGAUUUAAUAUACAUGCUAUUCUUGGUUUUGGUGGUGGUUUAGGUUUUAUUGUUGGUGCAAUUCAUUGGGAUCCUAUUCCAAUGUUUACUAAACACGGUAAAAUAAAAAUAUAA